AUCUCUUUUUCCCUAUUUCUGUUUCGCUCUGCUAUUUCCUGCAGUUUCAUCAAUCUCAAGACAUCAUCUCACCAUUUUUUCUUCUAAUAAUCUGUAUUUCUUCUGUAAUGGGGUUGUUUGUUUUGGUUUUUUAUGAUCUGGGAGUUGUAACUUUGUGAAUUAUGGCUCUAUGUGGGGAUCAUAAAGAUAGAGAGCUAAGGAUCCAUGAAAGUUUGGAAGAGCUAAGUACUGAUUUAGCUGACUAUAUUGCUGAAUUAUCAGAGGCAUCGGUGAAAGAACGUGGGGUGUUUUCUAUAGCGUUGUCUGGUGGUUCACUCAUUAGCUUAAUGGGGAAGCUGUGUGAAGCUCCUUACAACAAGACUGUGGACUGGGGCAAGUGGUAUAUAUUUUGGGCUGAUGAACGUGUUGUUGCAAAAAGCCAUGCCGACAGCAAUUAUAAGCUUGCUAAGGAUAACCUUCUUUCUAAGGUGCCAAUUGUUCCGAGCCAUGUACACUCGAUCAAUGAUUCGGUGUCAGCUGAGGAAGCUGCCGAUGAGUACAAGUUUGUCAUUCGACAGUCGGUAAAAUCCCGCAUAGUAAGUGUGUCUGAUGUGAGUGACAGCCCCAAGUUUGACCUCAUACUACUUGGAAUGGGUGCUGAUGGCCAUGUUGCCUCAUUAUUUCCCGAUCACUCGGUGCUCGAAGAGAAAGAUGAAUGGGUUGCCUUCAUUACCAAUUCUCCAAAACCUCCUCCAGAGAGAAUCACCUUCACGUUCCCUGUGAUCAACUCUGCAUCAAACGUGGCCAUUGUCGUGACAGGUGAAAACAAAGCAGAGACAGUACAUUUGGCCAUUGAUGAUGCAGGAAACGACUCCCCGCUCCUACCUGCAAGGUUGAUACAGCCAAGGAAAGGAAAGUUGACAUGGUUUUUGGAUAAGUAUGCAGCUUCAAAACUUGACAAUUACCAAUUUUCGGAGUAGGCUUAAGCGAUUCGUACGACGGUGUAUCUCUCUGUGUGUAUGUAGUUGAUGGAUUCAGCAGUUGUGGAUGCUGUCUCUUCAUUUCAUUUCACCCCUUCGUUUUUGUUUUGGGUUACAUUCUCCAUUUUGAGUUCUCUUCAUUUGUUUGAAGCAGAGAGAGCUAAAUAAGGUGUGGUGUUAGUGGAAAAAAGCAGAUGGUUUUGUAGGAAAGUUGCUGCUAUGUAUUUGUAGCAUCACUGCAAAUUUGUAAAAAGCAGCCUUCACAGAUUUAUUAAAUGUUUCUCUUUUCUUUCUCA